UCACUUUUGCCGCCCAAAUCUUGUGAAAGAUUGAGAAAAACGCCAAUUUUACCGCCAAAUUCUAUUAUUAACCCAACGUUAGGGCUAUUUGAGCACUUGAGCACUCCCUUUUAUAUUCUACUUUUAUUUGAUAUAAACUAAAGUUCUUUCACCCUUUUACGCGUGAAUUUUAUCAAAUCAACCCGCCAAAAUGUUCGAAGCAAGAUUAGCAAGCAGUGCAACAUUCAAAAAGGUGCUGGACGCUAUCAAAGACCUAUUAAACGAAGCCUCCUUCGAUUGCUCCGAUGCAGGAAUCCAACUACAGGCCAUGGACAACUCUCACGUCUCUUUGGUAUCGCUCAAUCUCAAAUCUGAUGGCUUUGAGAAGUACCGGUGUGAUAGGAACUUAACAAUGGGCAUGAAUUUGGCUAGCCUUUCCAAAGUAUUUCGUUGCUCUGGAUCAGAUGAUACGGUAACAAUCAAAGCCCAGGACGAUGCUGAUACAGUCACCUUUAUGUUCGAAGCAAAAAAGCAAGAAAAAAUCUCCGACUACGAGAUGAAACUGAUGAAUCUAGAUCAGGAACACUUGGGAAUCCCUGAAACUGAAUUUUCCUGCAUUAUCAAGUUGCCCUCUGGUGAAUUUGCAAGAAUAGUCAGAGAUUUGUCACAGUUUGGAGAAUCUAUUGUGAUUUCCUGCACGAAGGAAGGUGUUAAGUUCUCUACUCAAGGUGAUAUUGGUACUGGUAACGUAAAACUGGCGCAAACCAACAAUUUUGAUAAAGAAGACCAGUCUGUUAUAAUUGACAUGCAAGAGCCAGUUUCGUUGACCUUUUCUUGUGAAUAUCUUAAUUCUUUUACUAAAGCUACACCUUUAAGUAAUCAAGUAACAUUGUCACUUUGUGACAACGUUCCUUUAGUUGUGGAGUACCAAAUCCCAGACUUGGGACACCUAAAGUACUAUUUAGCCCCUAAAAUUGAAGAGGAUGAGAACUAAUUUAUUUUUAUUGUUUUUAUACAUGAAUAAUAAUUUUUUUUUACUUAGAUGUAAUUCUAACUUAAUAUAGGUCAAAUAAAACAGUAUUUUUAAGUGAAA